AUGAUCUUGCAAACUGUCUCCGCGACAAUGCCCAAAGACAAGAAAUUGCCGCGAAUCGGUGUCUUCAUUUUGGCGGAAAUGGUUUUGACGGCGGUUGCUGUGUUAAUCACGUGCUUUUUCAUGUUACUGCACGAGCGAGCUUUCACAUAUAAAUGGAAUCCGCCGAAAAUUAUGAAAAUAUGUCUACUGUGCAGAACGUACGAUCGAAAAGUGAAACAACGAACGAUAUCGCAACAAUAUGAGGAUAGGCAAUCUUCUCUUUCCGUGUACAUUGACAGUAUCAACAAUUUCCUCAAAACGAUUCGCUCUGAUGAGUGUUUAGAGGCACAAUGGACGAGGAUUUUCGAUCGUUUAGACAUCAUUUCGAUGGUUUUCUUUCAAGUUUUGAAUAUUGUUUUGACUUGCGUGAUCUUGUUUAGA